UUCAAAAUAAUACAGGUACUGAUCCUUCUGGGUCCUUAAUGAAAGCAGGAGGCUGAAGGCUUCCUUCCUUGUUGUCAUGGCAACGACAAGAGCUGCCGGCCCUCUGUUAGCAUAAACCAACAGCAAAUGCAAGACCACACAUUCCACACAGCCUUGAAGAUUUACCAAGCUCUAGGGCCAAAAUUGAGCCUCAAUGGUCAGACCGAUCUUCCAAGGGAAGAAGGGGAGCGCCAUAAUUUUAACCCCUAUAUGUGGUUGGCAUUGGCUUGAUUCACCGAAUGAAAGAAAACCCAAGAAAUGAGUGUCACUGUGUUAUCUGUGAAAAAGAUGGCUCUGCCCUUUGGUCAGCACCUCCUUCUAAUUAGCUUCUUUGGCUUCUUUGCAUGCAGCAGCUUUGUAAGAGGUCAAAAGAACAACACACUGAUUUUCACCAAGGAAAACAUCAUUCGCAACUGCAGCUGCUCUGCUGAUAUACGGGAUUGUGAUUACAGUUUGGCCAAUUUGAUGUGCACUUGUAAAACCGUUUUACCCUAUACAAUGGAGCGAGCCAGCUAUGACAGUGAUCUGACUAUCUGGUUCACCGACACCACUGCACUGGGCUUCCUACUGAACUUUACACUGGUUAGGGACCUGAAGCUCUCCUUAUGCAGCACCACUACCCUCCCAACAGAGUAUCUGGCUAUUUGGGGACUGAAGAGACUUCGAAUCAACACAGAAGUCAAAGAUCAGUUCCCAGAGCAAAGCCUACUGAUACACAGCAGUGGUGACAGGGACUUUAAGGAAGAUAAGCCUAAAUUGUCCACAGACAGGCAAACAUUUUUAUAUGUUUCAUUCUUGGAUACAGCUCUUUUCAAUGGGGAAUCUUCUUUGAAAUCAUACAGUAUUGAAAACGUUGCCAGUAUCACAAAUAACUUUCCUUACCUUUCUUACUUCAAAAUGUUUUCCAUCCCAAGCAACAAAAGCUAUAUUGUUACAUUCAUUUAUUGAUAUUGUAUUGUGAUCAAUUUCGAUGGAAAUAUUAACAAAAUAGGGUUAAUCUGUACGACAUAGAUCAUUGAGGGACUUCUGACCUUAUAAAUACCCACAAACACGUUGCCUUGCCCCUUUGUUUUCCAGCUCCCCUCUAUGCGUUGUUCUCUCCCUCCAGGAAUGUAAGGUCCAUGAGGGUAGGGAUUAUCUUGUUUGUAUCUAUAGCAGAGUGCCUGACGAAGUUAAAUGCUUAAAAUAUGUUCUCUCUGUCUCUGUGUGUCUCUCUCUCUCCUCUUCUCUGUCUCUCUGUAUGUACGUAUGUAUGUACCCAUAUAUGCAUCUAUACCUCUAUCAAUUUCUCUAAGGAGACAGACAUAGAGAUAGAGAUAUGAAAAGAGAGCGUGAUGCUACUGGAGAAAACAAACUCCAAAAAACUCACCAAAGAAAAUUAAGCUAACUGUAUCUCAACAGGCAGAGAACUACUAGUUACUGAUGUGUAAUAUCAAAAUCAACUGUCUUAUGUACAGUCAGACCACAGACUAAAAAAAACAAGAGGGCAAAAGUCAAAAUCGGGGGCAGCUAGGUGGCAAAGUGGAUAGAGCACCAGCCCUGGAUUCAGGAGGACCUGAGUUCAAAUCCAGCCUCAGAUACUUAACAAUUACUAGCUGUGACCCUGAGAAAGUCACUUAACCCCAAUUGCCUCACCAAAAAAUUAAAAAAUUAAAAAGUCAAAAUCAACAUCAAGUUAAAUAAAAGGUUAAAGAUGAGAUGCCACGGUAAAUAACUACAACUUAACAACUUCAACCUAUUAAAAUUGAUGCUAGGAAAUGGGAAAUGGAUAAAGGAAAAUAUACUAAUCUUAAUUGUCAUAAUUUUCUGCAAAAGUUUAACAUAAAACAAUUUGUAACAAUUGGAAUGAUGCCACCUGCUGGAGACUUACUGUAGGAAAGCUCCGCCAUGAGGAGAAGGCACCUGAGGGCAAGACAUGUGGCUUUUCUUUGGUGUCAAGAAGUGACACUUGCU